GUUCAUGAACGCUCAAUGUACUUUAUACGCUUUGUACCUGUGGAAACUUUCGUCCUUGUCAGAGCGGUCAAGCCCCUGGAGUCUCCUCCUGCCCCUGUGACGUCACACAGAGUUUAUGAGCGGCUCGCGGGCUUCCGCAGCCACCAUCCGUCUGUCGGCAUGAAAGGCGCGCGCACCCUGCAGCAGCUCUCGCUAACCGUGAAGCGGAGCCUUCAUCAUCAUCCUCCUCCUCCUCCUCUGCAGCACUCCGUGGGAAUAAUCGGAGCACCUUUCUCCAAGGGCCAGCCCAAGGAUGGAGUGGAGUGCGCACCGAACAAGUUACGAGCAGCGGGACUCCUGGAGCGGCUACAGCAACAGGGCUGUGCCGUGAAGGAUUACGGGAACCUGACGUUUGAGAACGUCGCACUUGACGAGCCGGUCAAAGGGUCAAAAAGUGUCCGGACGGUGGGAAGCGCCAACCAGAGGCUGUCGGAGGCGGUGAAGGCAUUGAAGAGGGAUGGGCACACCGCCGUGAUGCUUGGAGGAGACCACAGUCUCGCCAUUGGCUCCAUCCACGGUCACACCGCAGCCGUCGGCCCAGUAAGCGUUGUUUGGGUGGACGCUCACGCCGACAUCCACACGCCGCUGACCUCAAACACAGGAAACAUUCAUGGGCAGCCCAUGUCGUACCUCCUAUACGAGUUGCAGUCGAAGGUCCCCCCGUUACCAAACUUUUCCUGGAUGAAGCCCUGUCUGUCGUCCCGGGAUCUCGUCUACAUCGGCCUGAGAGACGUGGAUCCGGAGGAGCACUACAUCAUGAAGUUGCUGGCGGUGAAGGCGUUCUCCAUGACACAGGUGGAUCAGCUGGGCGUGGCUAAAGUUAUGGAGGAGACGUGCGAUUACCUGUGGGACAGAUCUAAGAAACCGAUCCACCUGAGCUACGACAUUGACGCCAUCGACCCCUCCGUUACCCCAGCAACAGGAACACCUGCGGUAGGAGGGCUCACCUACAGAGAGGGGAUUUACAUCACAGAGUACCUCUGUCAGACAGGUCUGCUCUCGGCUGUGGACAUGGUGGAGGUGAACCCUCUGAGGGGACGAACAGAGGACGACGUCCACUCUACCGUCAGCACGGCGGUCGACCUGCUGCUCGGAUGUUUCGGACGUCGCCGGGAAGGAAACCAUCUACCGGAUUAUUCCCUGCCAGAGCCGUAACAAAAACAAUUCCUGUCUGUCUGUCAGGAGCCUGAACGCAUCACACUGAGAAAUACUUCACUAUGAAUUUAACUGCUGCUAUGAGGCCUCGAGGUGGUCAUCUUCCAGUUUUAAGAACUAAAUCAGUUCGCUGAACUUAAAAAUGCACAAAUGAUGGCACAUGUAUAAACUUUUAAUUAUGUAUUGUUGAUUUAUUGUUUUAUCUAUAAAAGGAGAAAAAAAG